UCGUUCGAAGGGGCUGCUGCUGUAGUAAUGGAGGGGGUCACAGUCGGCCAGGUAUUUGAUGCAGAAUGCAUCCUCAGCAAACGGCCGAGAAAGGGCAAGUUUGAGUAUCUGGUGAAGUGGAGAGGGUGGUCGUCUAAGCACAACAGCUGGGAGCCAGAAGAAAAUAUUCUGGACCCGAGGCUGCUGGCAGCUUUCCACAAAAGGGAACAAGAGAGGGAGCUUCUGUUCCAGAAGAAAGGAAAGCGGCCGAGAGGACGACCGCGGAAGAUUCUGCCGCCUUUACCAGCCGCCACGAAAGACAGCCGCUCCUCGUCCUCCUCUUCCUCGGGCCUUUCAUCGUCCGCCUCCUCCUCUUCCUCCGAGGACGAAGAUCACACCAAGAAGGCGAAGCCCGGCCCGCGAGUCCUCCCCGUGCCGCAGAAGAGGCCGCAGAUCGUGCUCGCCAAACCCGAUCCUCCCUGCAAGAAGAAGCGUGGGAGGAAGCCGCUGCACCCGGACCUGCGGGCGCUACGGCAGGCGAAGAGCGGACCACCACCACUGCCACCUCUUCCUCCUUCCCCCCCUCCUCCUCCUCCUCCUCCUCCUCCACGCCACCACCAGCCUCACCACCAGGUGCUCCGACCGUCCCGGGACGAUCCUCGCCCCGGCGUGAAGAAACCUCUGCAGCCAGCCAGCUUCACCUACACCGGGCUGAGCCGGGCCUCCAGAGAAGAGGCCGCCUCCGCCUCCAAGAUGUCCGCUAGCUCCUUCUCCCCGGCGCCAGCCGCUGGCGCCUCCAAACCCGGAUCCCUCGGCUGCGUGUGGACCAGCCGCUCCAUGUCUCCGUCCUCCUCCUCCUACAGCAAAACCAGCCCGUCCCCACAGAGGAACUCUCUGUCCGAGCUGAAGCGCUCCGUGUCGGACACGGGCGGCGGCCGAGGGGAAGGCUACAAGACGUCCGCUCUGAAACAAGGCGCCGGUUCGGGGUCGCUGGGCUUGCACGGCAGCUUCGUGGGCGGCCAGACGGCCGUGCAGCGUUCCCCUCUGAGCCAGAGGAGGCAGGAGGGCGCCGCGUCAGUUCAACACAGGCACCAGAACCUCUCCAAAGCGCCGGCCGCCGCGCCUCGAGACCGAGCCAACCAGGCGCUCAACCUGCGAGCGCUCAACCUGCAGAGCGUCGGCAAACCCCCGGGCGCCAGCAGCCUAGCAGUGAGAGGUAACAGCGCCGUAGCAGCGUCGAGGUCGAGCCUGAGGAGCGGGGGCGUUGUUGUAAAAGGAGCAGCGGGGAGCGUCAAAGAAACACGAACGUCAGGUGGCGGGCAGCGCUCUGGACUGGCAGCAGGCGGCAGCGCAGAGCACGGGCGGUUACGGGACGACAGGGGGAAGGAGAUGUUAUCUGAGGCUAAGAAGAUGGCGGGAAGCGGCUCCGGGCGAGGGAACGGCAGCGGGCGUCUCGAGGAGAGGAAACACACGCUCGCCUCUCAGAACCGGAGCCUGAACGAGCUCAGCACGGGCGACUCGGACGACACGAGCAGCAGCGAGUCGGAGCAAGACGCCUCGCCGUUUCCAAACAACAGCCGCAGACCCAGCCUCGGCAACGGUGCCACGGAGUCCGACACGGAGACGGACUGGCGGCCGGCACGGAGCCUCCUGGAGCACGUGUCCGUCACCGACGUCACGGCAAACUUCAUCACGGUGACGGUGAAGGAGUCGCCGACCAGCGUGGGGUUCUUCAACUCACGGAAUCACUGAAGGCCGGUGGCGAGGACGCCUCCGUGUGCAGACACUGCCAUCCAGUCAGUCCCGCCUCUUUCUGCGCUUCGAAAUGCUGAAUAAGUCUGGGAACUUCUUGGGCUGUCCAGACAGACCGUACCGUUUCUGUGGUUUCAGUAAUCCAGUCAUGUUUAGGGUUGGGUAUCGUUGGGUUUUUUCCGAUACCGGUGCUAAAGCGCUACUCUUUAAACGGUGCCGGUGCCUGAACCAGUACUUUUUUAGUAAAGUUUAAAAUAAAAAGAGCCUCUUUCCGACAAAGUAGUUCCAGGAACGUAUUUAUAGGAACAGUCCACUUCUAAACAGAUCUACUAACUACUCUCCCCCAAAACAGUUUUUUCCAUUUGCAUUCACACUGGCCACGUGGCCAUAGCAACUGACCUUUAGUUAUUAUAAUCACAGCCAGGGGUGCACGAUUCAGAAAAUGUCACAAUUCGAAUUCAAUAUCGAUUUUCAGGCUCAAGAUUGGAUUAAAAAACGAUUCUCGGUUAAAAAAAACCGAUUCACAGUAAGUAAAUGAAGUUACUUUUCUCAUGUGAUUGCAGUAGACGUACAAU